AUGAUCUCGGGCAUCUCCAGGCUUUUAGGCCUGUCGUUUCUGUUCUGUCUGGGCCUUCCAUUCGCUUUGUUUGCUCUCUUCACCACUACUUUGGCGUUGGGCACUCUUUUUCUGCGGCUACUAUUCGUAUAUUUCGACCUGUUUCUCGCCAUUUUGAACGGAGCGAUAGUCCCAUCAACACCUCCCACGCCUCUGCCAUCCCCAAGUGCUAGGCCCGCACGACGCAAGAAGCACGCUACACCACCUACGCCUUCCGCGGCGCUUCGAAAAACUCCCUCAUUCGCAAGUUUGGUUGGCAGCGGAACAGACAGAGACUUUGAGGGCGUAGGGGGCUGGAGGUUCCCUGAAAGCGCAGAUGAAGAGGCUAUAUGGAUGAACAUCAACCGGAACCUCGAGCUGCCUGCUUCGCCAGCAGCAAGUAGAAAACACAGGAGAACUGGCACAGGCAAUGGAACCCAAAGCCCUAUGGUUACGAGGACAAUGGCGAGGACUUCGGGCAGUGCAAGUCCUGAGGGCUAUUUCAACAUCAGAGUGGAGAUCAGGGAAGGGCUAGGUCUGAGCUCUCGAGAUGGAUGA